ACCAAAUAAUAAUUGUCGCAUACUGCAUAGUACUAACAGAGUGUGAUGUACUGUAUAUAGUGGUGUAGUAUGAAAUAUGCAUUUUAUAGACCUGCCAUUUCAAACAAAGCCAGGAUCACGUUAGUGUGUUACCUGGCAACGGAUGUCUCGGCGCUGAUUGGACGAUGCUGAGCAUGAUCUCACCAGUGUGUGAGAGAGAGGGAGAGAGAGGGAGAGAGAGAGAGAGAGAGAGAGAGAGAGAGAGAAAUGGUCGGUCCUGAGACUUUUGACUUUCAGUAUGUAAACAAUAUUCAGCCUCACUGAAACACCAAGCAAAUUAACCCACGGCUAAGUGCGCUACCUGUAACUUUGGGUGGGAAAAUAAUUAAGCUGACCGGCCAUAAAGAAACGAACAGCGGGAUAAGUGAGCGGUUAUGAGGCGUGAGCUGCAGCCGGUUGAACGGUAGAGCUAGCUAGCUUUAGCAAACCUGCCACUGUUAGCUGCAGCGCUAGUGUUCCGGAAAUAAUGGAGUUUGUCGGGAGCCAAGCUCCAUCCGGGACAGCGUUGGAGUUAGACGAGGAUGGGCGAGAGCCAGGGAUGCACACCUUCAAUCACAUGCAUAUGAGGAAAGCAUUUAGGGUCAUGAAUGACCUGAGAAGCAGGAAGAUGCUUUGUGAUGUGCUGCUGUUAGCUGGUGAAGAGGAGAUUCCUGCCCAUAAAGUGGUGCUGGCUUCCUGUAGUCCCUACUUCUGCGCUAUGUUUACAGGGGAAAUGAGUGAAAGUAAGGCCACAUGUGUUGAGAUAAGGGACGUGGAUGGACAGACACUCAGGAAAUUGGUGGAUUAUAUUUAUACAGCGGAGAUCGAAGUAACAGAGGACAAUGUGCAGGUGCUGCUGCCGGCAGCCAGCUUACUGCAGCUAAUGGAGGUGAGACAGGUGUGUUGUGAGUUCUUGCAGGCCCAGCUCCAUCCCACCAACUGCCUGGGUAUCCGUGCUUUCGCUGACCUGCACACCUGCACUGAGUUGCUCAGCCAGUCCCAUGCCUACGCUGAGCAGCAUUUUACCGAGGUCAUGCUGGGAGAAGAGUUCAUGGGUCUUUCCCUGCAGCAGGUGUGCAGUCUCAUCUCCAGUGACAAGCUGACUGUGUCCACUGAAGAGAAGGUGUUUGAAGCUAUGAUUACAUGGAUAAAGCAUGAUAAGGAAGCACGCUUAGAGCACAUGCCAAAGCUUAUGGAGCAUGUUCGCCUGCCACUGUUAUCCAGAGAUUACUUGGUUCAGAUUGUAGAGGAGGAGGCCUUGAUAAAAAACAACAACACGUGUAAGGAUUUCCUUAUUGAAGCCAUGAAGUACCACCUGUUACCUGCAGACCAGCGGCACCUGAUAAAGACGGACAGGACUCGGCCACGCACGCCCGUCAGCCUGCCUAAGGUGAUGAUUGUGGUAGGUGGUCAGGCCCCUAAAGCCAUACGUAGCGUUGAGUGCUAUGAUUUCCAGGAGGAUCGCUGGUACCAGGUGGCUGAUCUGCCCUCGAGACGCUGCCGAGCAGGGGUGGUGUUUAUGGCUGGUAAGGUUUAUGCGGUGGGGGGUUUUAAUGGUUCUCUGCGAGUGAGGACAGUGGACGUGUACGAUGGUGUGAGGGAUCAGUGGAGUUCGGUUCCCAGCAUGCAGGAACGUCGCAGCACACUGGGAGCCGCCGUGCUGGGGGACCUGCUCUACGCUGUUGGGGGUUUUGAUGGCAGUACAGGUUUGGCCUCAGUGGAAGCGUACAACCCCAAGACUAAUGACUGGGUUUUUGUGGCUCCUAUGAACACUAGGAGAAGCAGUGUGGGGGUGGGAGUUGUGGACGGUAAACUGUAUGCAGUCGGUGGUUAUGAUGGUGCAUCUCGUCAGUGUCUCAACACUGUGGAAGAGUAUGAUCCAGUAACUAACAAAUGGGACUAUGUAGCUGACAUGAGCACCAGACGCAGUGGAGCAGGAGUAGGAGUGCUGAAUGGGCAGCUGUAUGCAGCAGGGGGACAUGAUGGUCCACUUGUGAGGAAGAGUGUAGAGGUGUUUGACCCUGCCACUAACACCUGGCAGCAGGUGUGUGAUAUGAACAUGUGCAGAAGGAAUGCAGGAGUGUGUGCUAUAAACGGCCUGCUGUAUGUUAUCGGUGGGGACGAUGGCUCGUGUAACCUGUCCUCUGUGGAGUUCUACAACCCCGCUACUGACAAGUGGAGUCUGAUUCCCACCAACAUGAGCAACGGACGCAGCUAUGCAGGGGUGUCGGUUAUCGACAAGCUGUUAUGACUAAGCGCUGCGGUGAGCAGGAGCUCGCUGACUGAAGUGAAGGGCCGAGGUAGACAUACAGUCAUUUAAAGCUACUCUGUGGAAGGAGUGUCUCUCUGCCCUGGACACGCUGAGCCUGUGCUCACCAUAACGGUGCGUAAAUCAUGCCAGAUUGACCGCUAAAACGCCCUCGAAAUGUGCCAUCAGCUUCUGCUGAUUAUCAGAGGCCACAAAUCAUCAGUGAAAAUGGCCUGGCUGGAGCGGGCAGAGUUUAAAGGGCAAGCAGAAGGAAGUGAAGCGGUCAUUCAGCCUGGCACAGAUCUGCACAGCAGCAUUUAAACUGCAGGUACAGAGUGUACCAUCUCUCUGCUCUACUACUGAUUUAUAACACACCAUAAAGCCAUUUCUGUCAUCCAGGCAAAUUCCAAGGCUGAAAUGGGUCUCUGCUUUACAAUAUAUAUCCUUCAUCCCAGCCUUCAGUCUCAACACCACUACUGCGAGCUCAAACAGCUUGCACCACUGAAUAUCAUCAGUUAAACCCUGAACAGGACAAGGGUGUUAUUCAGAUCAUGUUCUCAAACUCUUAAUCAUGUUCUCAUUUUUCAACUUAACAGGGUUUAUCAUGGACUAGAUGUACUGUAGAAGCAACUCUGCAAAGCAACUAGACGGAGUGUGGUUGUAGCCAGCUGCUUUUGUGCCAUAAAGUGUUUAAUAUUUUGCACAUCUGUGCUGGGGCACAGAGAAACAGGUCAUUAACACUAUAGUGAAACGUGUCAAAUGAAUGUCGAGACUCUGCAAAUAUACGCACUUUUAUCAGGCAGACCUGCCCACUAAUACACGGAGGUGCCAGGUUAUUAGGUGCACCAAACGUUUAGCAUUCUAUCAUGUGAACCGGAGUGUUUAUAUAAAUAUCAUAUAUUACCAAGUAUGGAGCUAUGGAAACAUUCUGAAGAAUGUUGUAGGUGUAUACAGUAUUAUCUUAAAUACCUGAAAGAGCUGAUCUGGUAGCUGUGGUUAUAAAUACUGAGUUGCCAGAGGUGCCAACAUGUACAGUUUAGCUGUAGCGUUUCUCCAGCAUGCUACGCCCAUAGAGGAGAUGCCAAAAAAUGUAACUUUUCUUAAAAAAAUUAUAUUUAAUUUUUUUUUAGCUAAAGCAACAGGCAAACCAAACUCAAUAAAUUCACCCUGUUGAAAAACCAAUUCACCGAAGGGGAAUUGACCAGGUGAAUUUAACACCAGCUUUAUAUAGAUGAACUUUGACUUGUGAAUUCACAAACCUCAGUUUUGUAAGCCAAUAGAAAACGAGAAGGCAGGGCUUAAGUGUCUGUUUAGUUUAAAAAAAAACAAAACGAGGAGUUGCUUCUUAUUAGGUAGUGUUCACACCGGAUAUUUGCCGUGCAGUUUAUUGUUGCUUAUGCAUAAAUAUGCGUAUAUUUGGGGGGGAAAUUGCAACAAAAUAAAAUCGUCCACAUGAGUGUUUGGUAAAAUUCUGUUUUUAUUUCUCUGCCUGCCAGGAGUUUCUUGUUGGCACUUCUGCAUCUUCCAGACACUUUGUAGGCACAGUCACCGACUGUCCUAAGCACAGUUUGUCAGUCGUUCUCAGCACAGCCAUAACACUGACAUGGUAGUGUGUGUUUGUUUUGUUGCUACUAGUGUAUCAGCAACAACUCUAUCACUGCUCCACUCUUCUGUCCAGCCGGAAGUGGUGCUGAGGUCAGAAACUGACGCCGAUGAUGGGGAGAGAACGAUGAACACAUUGCGACCCGAUAAAACGGCCAAAACUAUAAGACUGGUGCACCUAAUAUACAAAAUGUGGCAACUCGGUGUAAAUUUCUCACUGGGUUUACAACUCGUACAUGACCUGUGCGUUAGUUUCGGUCUGAUGGAUCAUUCGUCCUCUGUAAACAGAUCGACUGAACAGCACUGGCUCUCUAAUGAUCAUGAUCUUGUACUGUAAGUAGAUUUAACAGAGCCAGUACACAUUUCAGUAGCAAUAAAAUGUUCAUAUUUUGUAAAGAACUCUAAUUCAACACUAUUGCAAGCACAAUUUUGAACAGUUUGAAGUAUUAUUUUGACUCGUUCUCUUGAUGUAGGUUGGUUCGCCGUUUAACAUUUUUCUAACAGAUGUAUUUUAUAUAGGAAGAGGACAGUCAGGAGAUUAAAUCCAAUAAAAGCAGUGCAGAUUUCAUUAAUAAGCUCCGAAGAACUUUCUCAACAGUGAGAGAGUAGUAUGUUUAAUGAGCAGGAAACGACAUUUUAUUCAGGUUUAGAGCCUGAUUACACAAGCAGUGGGUUAUUAUUUUUAUCUUGAAUGAGAAAUAUUGAAAGCAACUGACUCAUUAGCAGUAUUGUUUACCAGUAACUCAGUAUUUCUAAGAGAAACAGUAUUAAAAUGCAAGUCCUUAUAUUUACAUUAACGUCCUGUGUGACUAUGCAGUUAAAGGUGCAGUGUUUUUUUUUUUUUUUUCUUUUCAACCUGUAAUAACAACAUAGUUUCAAAGCUAGCUAACAGAAACCGAAUCGUGAUCUUGCCAUGCAGUAGAACUCUGGACUUUCAGGUUUCUGUCUGAACACAGUUGCUCUGUCUGAAAAGGGGAAAACACAUCACUUUUCACUGCAAUUGCAGUUUGAUUUACAGGCAGCAGAGGGUGCUACAAGUUACCAACUCCCCCUUUAAUAUGGCUCGGAAAAGUGUUGAAUUAUUGCAACGCGUUCUGCUCGUGUCAGAAGUGAUGAUAACACCCAAAUGUUAAUGCAGUUCGUAUCAGUAUCUAUAUUAGCUGAAGCUCUGCAGUUGUGUAAACGAUGUUACAGCGUGUAAUCUGGUCUUUGGUCAUAUAUCCACAACAGCUUUCUAAAACAGUAUCAUUAAAUGUUCUUUCCCCAAAGAAUUAUUUAAUCCACUUGUUGCCCCACAAUGAAAUGUAUACAUAAUCAAAUAAUAGGUGUCAGGAGAGCUCUGACCAGCGGAGCGCUGCAGGCAUUUCAUCAGCAACAUGGAGUCAUCAGCGAAAUAAAUAAAAAAAAACAAGAGCAAUAUUACCAGGUCUGGAUUUUUAUUUAUUUAUUUUUAAAUUAUGAACUUCUGCUGCAGGUUGAUUAUAUAUAUUUUUGGCUGUUCUGGUUUGGAUCUUUUCCCAUACAUUAGAUGAGUUAAUAUCUGUUUAUUAUUAUCUGUUCUCAAUUAUGACUGAUCAGGUGUUGAUUCAUUUUCUAUAACAGCAACUGACAGUACUGCUGAUUGCAAAGCAAAUCAUAGGUUUAUAUUAAUGCACACAUUUUAAUAAAUUGUUUCUAUAGUAACAAAUAACAAUGACUUAAAGUGGAGAUUUAAAAAUCAUAUGUAAUUGUGGAUAUAGUGAAGUUAAUUUUUAAUUGUUGGAGUAUUUAGCAGUUUAGGAAAGAGUCUACAGUGUAAGCACUUUGUAACAGGUAACACUGUACAGUUUUCUGACACACAGGACUUGACAGUUUCCCCGUAACAUGCUGAGUUAUUAUUUUUUUUAUUAACUUGAUAAAAGAAAGAGAGAGGCUGUUUAUAGCUGCUAUAACAUAAGUGAUAAUAGGAUCUAACUUGUUUUGUGGGUAUUCCAUGACAUUAAAUGUAUCUAUAAAUAUUGAUAUAAUGUUCUUUAAUAAAUACAAUUUUUAAUCAUUAGUAAUUUGCGACGGUAUAAGAGGAAUAAAACACUAACAUAGUUAGUGGAAAAUAAACACGUUGGGGUGGUAACAGUGUCACACCACCUGGCCGUUGAUUGUUUUCCUAUAACAGCAUGCUUUAUUGUGUUUUAUUUCUUAUGUAAUAGACUAUAUUAAAAUUCACAUUCAAAUGGCCCUAAAAUCUGCACAAAUACACAUCACCAUGGAAACGGCCCACACACCGUAAACGUCUCAGCCUGCACCAGCAUGUGAGAUUUGCUCGUGUACUGUGUAUGUUACUACAUGAAUGCAUCAGUGAAGAUCACAGCUAUUCUGUUUACAGCAUAAGCAGCAAUAAUUGAUUGUUUAUAGGACUUUGGUUGGAAAAAAUACCGUUUAGGGAAAUGGUGUGUUCUUUAUGCCACUUGGUUAAAAAUGAACUGUAUGAUAUGUUGCUUUCUAAUCUUUACAUUUACCAGUGAUGUAUAGAAUUUAGGAGGGACAUAUGUUUGUUUUUUUACUUGGUAAUUAAGGACUGUCAGUUGGCUUUGCAAAGUCAUUGUUAAUUACAGUUUAAAGUUUGUGAACAAAAAUGUGUCGUGCCAAAAUCCAUUCAUUACAUAAGCAUGUACGGUAAAGACAUAGUAAAAGACGACAUGUGUCAUGUCGACACGACAUGUGAAAAUCUCUAGGCGUUUAUGCAAAAAACAAAAACAUUCCUUUGUCGUUCAGUCUGUGCUGCAAGGCAUCACUGCUGAUGUUUGUUUUGUAGAUGUAGUGAAAACUCUUAGUUUGAAUCUUAGAAAAUAUACAUUUAGUCAAAUAAACUUACUGUUAAACACUUCUUGUGAACUGAACUGCUCGAGCUGAAUCACACCAUUGUAUUAAAUAUAGGUGAGGAGUCAGUGAGUAGCAGAGGAAGACUUUAACCACACACAAACCAGAGAGAAAGAACGUCGCUGUGCUUUUUUCACUGGGUUGGAUUUCACUCCCUUUCUUUGUUGCUGCAUUUCAGUUACUUAUACAAACCGUAUUUAUUCCUGGAAGGCAGGUGACGAUUCUUCUCUGUAACUUUUUUAAAACAAGAAUUUCUUACAAGCACAAUAUCUAAUAAAUAAAUAAAUAAA